AUGGAACGAACAUGUUUGGUUCUUGUGCUUAUGAGUAAGGCUCUCUCAGUCACGGCACAGUUCAAUGGGUACAACUGUGAUGCGAACUACCACAGCAGAUUUCCUGCGGAGCGGGACAUCAGUGUGUACUGCGGGGUGCAAACCAUCACCCUUAAGAUCAACUUCUGCCCUGUGCUGUUCUCUGGCUACACGGACAUCGACCUGGCCCUCAACGGUCGCCACGGCGAUGCCCACUGCCGAGGCUUCAUCAACAACAACACCUUCCCCACAGUGGUGCUCUUUAGCAUCAGCCUGAGCACGCUGGAGUCCUGCGGAAACUCCCUGGUGGUAACCACAGCGCAUGGGGCCAACGCCUACGGGAACCUCUCCCUGGUGCAGAUCGGGAACAUAUCGGGCUACAUCGACACCCCAGACCCACCCACCAUUAUUAGCUACCUGCCUGGGCUGUUGUACAAAUUCAGCUGUAGCUAUCCUCUCGAGUACCUGGUCAACAAUACUCAGCUCGCGUCGUCAGCUGCAGCAAUAUCUGUUAAGGACAGCAACGGCACGUUUAUAAGCACCUUGAGUUUAUUACUUUACAACGACUCCACCUACACGCAGCAUCUGGCCAUCCCUAUGGCCGGGCUGACGUUAAAGACACGAGUAUUCGCAGCCGUGAAGGCCACCAAUCUGGAUAGAAGGUGGAAUGUACUGAUGGAUUACUGUUACACAACUCCGUCUGGGAACCCCAACGACGAGCUGCGCUACGACCUUUUCUUUAGCUGUGACAAGGACCCCCAGACGACCGUCUUUGAGAACGGAAAGAGCCAGAUGGGCCGCUUCUCCUUUGAGGUGUUCCGCUUCGUCAAGCACAAGAACCAGAAGAUGUCCACAGUGUUCCUGCACUGUGUCACCAAGCUGUGCCGCGUCGAUGACUGUGCGCUUCUCAUGCCGAUCUGUGGAAGCAGAAAGAAAAGGGACGUGUCAGAUAAAAAGGAAUCGAGCUCCGCCUCUGAGAAGGCGGUCAUAACGGCCGGGCCCAUCAUCACUCGCAGUGAUGAAACUCCAAUGAAUAAUUCUCAGAUGGGUAAGCCUUGACAUUUGCAACUGAAUGGCCCGGACCUCCAGAUGAACUCGCUGACCAGUGCCCUGAUCUCUGGGGUCAUUGUCUUGGGUGCUGUGAGCCUGUGCUUCUUCAUAUUCUCGCUCGUGAUGUUCAGGAGCAAGAGGGCCAGCUCUGCCGGGCUGUCUGGUGUCCGGAACCCCACCUUCAACUGAUGCUGCCCCGUUUUGCUCCAAGGAGAAGUGUUUUGGAGGGAUUCGAUAAUACACACGGGAAGCUGUUACAGUAGACCUCAGAUGCACAACUCUAAUCAUCGAAGGGAAUUCUCAUAAGUAAUAAUAAUUCAUCCUCAUAAUCAUUUCAAAGUGCUUUUGUCAUAUUCAAAGUGAUUUAAAAUGUUUUUGGGGAUGGUAACUAACCUCAACCAUUAGUAGUACUCUACUGGACUCCCAUUUUGUGCUCCAGUGCUCACUACAGUUCAGAGUAUGAAAUGUGACAGCCAGGAGUACAUUUGGGGAGCAAUUAGAACCAUUUUUAUAAGGCCAGAUUGAGAAUUUGUGAACUGGGGUUAACAUUUCCACUCUUUCAUUGACUGGCGCAGGAUAUUUAAUGAUGACAAGGAACCAACAUCUCAUCUGAAGCACACAGAAAGCUUCGAAAUAUAGGGUGACCUUUGCCUCCAUUGCAACAUCUGUUUUAUCUGGUUCUUAGUGAAGAAAUCCUGCUUCUGGUCCACGAGAACCAGCAGUAGUCACGUAAAAAGGAAACCAGACAUGGGUACCUGGCAGAUUGGAGUUCAUGCCUAGCGAUUAGUUCCCAUUUUAAAUGUAAAAAUAUCCAGUGAGGUUAGUUGCUGUCUCACUAAAUGGAAGAAUCAGGUGCCAGUCGAGGGAAAGUCAGGACGCCCUUGGGCCUUUUGGCGAUAGAGUUGUGGAUCCCUGAAAUAGACAAGAUUGUGCGCUUGUGCCACAGGCAGAUCUAAUGUUGAAUGUUGUUAGGUGUUUACUGUAUGUCUGUUUUGGUUUUGUUUAUGUCCAAGGGCUAUUGCUUUGUACUGGUGUUUUUUUGUUUUUUUUUAACGCUGAUAUCCUAAACUGACCCAGAUCAGCACGUAGGAUGUACCUUCGAUUCAAUACCUCAGUUUUUUCUACUUAACGUUGCAGGGAGCAGGAUCACUUGCAUCACCGUACCCGUUCGAUGUAUGUCUGGCAUCAUUUUCAUGGUAACGUAUCGGUACUUCGUAACAUGAUCAGAGAUGAGCACUGUAUUAAGGAAAUACUGUGAGAGACUCAAAGAAAUAAUACAGUUACACAUACAUGCAGUUAUUGGAACUAAAUGAAAAACGCCAAAACAGCAGCCCACUGUCAAAAUAGACAAGUGUUUUACAGUCAUAGAAAGGAUGGGAGACCAAAAAUAGCUAAACUAUUAUAGGUAAUAUUUAAUACUCAUUAUUAUUGUUUAUAUGAUUAGCUUUUAAACCUCUAAAAUCCUAAUCACUGUAACCUAAGUACAUAAUUUAAAAAAAUUGACAAUGCAUUAUGACACAUUUAUUUUGAAUUACACAAAUCAAUGCAUAUCCAGUCUAUUGUAAUAAUAUUGUUGUAUUUUGUAAAGCAGCUGUAAUUAUUUUACUAACUACUAACUGUUGGGGGAUAAAUGUAAUUUGAAUUUAAUGUAUUCUAUGAGCCCAGUGUGUU